AUGUCCAUAAGCAUAGACGUCACUGAUUAUGUCAGUGCUCCCAAAGACCAGGCUACGCUGCUAUUUCAUGACGAGCGCCAGCAGGCCAAUUUCGAGCUGGGUGUCUCGAUGCAUAUCCACAAGUGGGACACCUUAUCUAUAGCGGUUGACAACGGCUGGGGAGGUCAGCAUGGUGAGGAGAAAAGAGACUGGAUCACGGGUGUGGUGGUUGAUCUGUUCAGAGACAACAAGGAGCUUGACGUUUUCGCGAUUCACGAGGUUCUGUUCAAUGCAAUGGAAGACGAGUUCGAGGUUUUUGUGGAGGACGACACCACGGUUCUGGUUGCCCAUAACAUCGUCAAUUGUUACAGAGAUUGCGCCCGGCAAGACUAUACUAAGGUCCAGGAGAUGUAUGCCAGAUGGCAGAUAAAACAGGCCAAUCGUUCGAGAAAUGCGGUUGCGCAUGUGCACGUUGAGGAAGAUCCCGAGAACCCGGAGUCUUCUGAUGACGAGGAAGAUGAAGAUCACACUGGCCACGAGCACGCUCAUGACGAUGAUGUGGACAUGGAUGUUGAUGAAGUCAAAGGUCCAAUAGUGGAUGAAGACGGGUUCACUGUGGUCACCAAGAAGGGUGGUAGAAGAAGGUAA